GUGUCCGCCAUGAUGCAAGUUUAAUAUUGCCAAUCAGGCAAACUGCAUCCAUUUUUAAGCAGCCAGUGACUGUGGUAAGAAACAGAGAGGAAAGUACAUCUAAAGCAGAACUCAAACAUGGCAUACAAGAUCAGCCGAAACAGGUAUUCUGGGAGAAGCGACUACAAGGCUUGCAUGCCUGUGACAGCAGUCAAGAGGUCAUUCCUUCCAUGGAACUGCCCAGACAGAUGCAAAGUGUUGGUCCUGAGUUGAGUGCUGAGAAUAUACUACAGAGUAUAUCUGCAGCACUGCAUGUAAACACUGGUCCAGUGGUAGGCCAGGGGGCCAGCAGGCAAACAAUCAUGAAAAAUCCAGCUAUCAUAAUGGAUACUCAACAGCCUCACAUUCAGCAGGUGCUGAUCACAUCAGAGGAUAUCCAGAAACAAGAACAGAAGGUUCAGCAAGCCCGGCAUCGACUUCAAGAUUUAAUACAAGCUUUGGAAUAG